AUGGUAACAACUUAUUUUCAUAUUCCAAGCAUUUACAAUAUCACUCAUGUCCGAGCCAUGGCACUGGCUUCCUACAAGUCAGAUUUAGUAACACACUUGAAUCUCAAAAAAGACCAAGAAAUCCAGCUAGUAGAAGUUUCUGACGAUUGGUCAUGAGCAGUGGAUUUUACUGGGAAAUCAGGGUGGGUGCCAUCAACUCAGCUCAGAAUUUCAGAAACUCCAGCAACCCAAAGUGAUAUUUCUCGUCUUCGCCUGACUAUAACCCUCAGAAUAGGUGACAAACUAAAGAAAAUUGAUUAUCUAGGACAUCCAGAGCAGACCUUUUUCACAUCUCAAGAAUUUGCAGCUUUUGAAAACGUUGAUUGAAGCUCAACUCUUUCUAUUGUACUAAAAGAUGACGACAACACUAUUUCCGUUUAUGAAGAGCCGCUUGCUAGCAUGAAGGACCAAGCUAAUGAAGGGGUUUAUUUCAAAACUUUAAAAUCAGGGCUCAAAGGAAACUUCGCGUCAUGUCUGAUGCUGAUAAGAGUGUCUAAUAGUCUUGAAGCUUUACAAAGCAUGAAUAGCGACUAUGACAUGCCUGGGGUCGCUGAGUCAUAUGUAGACCCAGAAUUGAUGCCAGGAGAAGUCAUUGCAACCUCAGCAAAAACUCAAGGAGCUUGUGGAAAUAUAAUUUUAGAUGGAAUGCUAUACUUGACAAAUGCUCGACUGAUUUUUAUUUCUUCAUCAAUAUAUUCUAAUGUUCUAAGCUGCCCUCUGCUCUGUAUAGAAAACACUGAAACAGUGCAGGGAACUUUUAAAGUAAUGACCAAAGAUCUGAGAGCUAUUGAGUACUCUAUAUCUUCCCAAGAACAAGCAAAAAUAUUUAGCGAAAAAUUCGGCCAGCAAAUUGGGAUGUUUUUUUGUAUAUCACAUUAUUUAGCUUUAACGAACCCACAGCCAUAUGGUUGAGGUGUCUAUGACCCAGAAAGAGUAAAUAAUAUUUAGGAAUUUAUGAGACUUGGAGUACUUGAAUCGAAUUUAUUUAGAAUCUGUGAGCUAAAUACUGAUUACGAAUUAUGUGAUACUUAUCCAUCAAUUUUGAUACAGCCUGUAACAGUCCCUGAUACUCAGCUAGAAAAAAUCAGCAAAUUCCGAAGCAAAAAUCGAAUCCCAACUCUCUGCUGGUAUGGAAAAGGAGCUGGGCUUUAUAGAAGCAGCCAACCUUUGGUUGGGUUUUUUUCAAGUCGCUGCAGAGAUGAUGAAGACUACAUGCUAAAAAGCCGAAUAAAAUACAUUAUAGAUGCCAGGCCCAAGAUCAAUGCACGAGCCAACAAAGUGUCAGGUAAAGGAUAUGAGCACCAGUCUCAUUAUCCGCACUGCAAAAUUAUAUUUGCAAAUAUUCACAACAUCCAUAAAGUUAGAGAGAGUUUUGAGUCUUUAGUUGAGUUAUUUGGAAGAGAUGAUGAUUUCUUUUUGAUGGUUCAAAAUUCAAGGUGAUUGCAUUAUAUCAAAGCAAUUUUGUCAGCUGCCAAAAUUGCUGCUGAUUUAUUGUAUUAUGAAAAAGCUUCAGUUUUAGUUCACUGCUCUGAUGGGUGGGAUAGGACGCCAGAAAUCACGAGCUUGGCUCAGCUGCUUUUGGAUCCGUUUUAUAGGUCUUUUCAUGGCUUUCAAGUGCUGCUAGCUAAAGAAUGAUUGGCUUUUGGCCAUAGGUUUAGAGAAAGGAUACAGGGAACAGAAAAAUCGCCUGUUUUUAUACAAUUUUUAGACUCAAUUCAUCAAGUUUUGAGCCAGUUUCCUAAUGAAUUCCAAUUUAAUAGCAAAUAUUUGCUGUUUUUAGCUUCAGCUCUUUACUCAGGGAAAUAUGGAACUUUUAUGUCGGAUUGUGAAAAAACUUCUCAGGACUUUCAAGGAAGGACUUUGUCAGCUUUUAGUGAAGAUUCUGCUGAAUUUUUGAAUUCCAAUUAUUCGCCAUCACAGAUAGAAAUUUUGCCACUUAAAGUGGGACUAAGAUAUAUGAAGCUAUGGGAGUAUCAUUUUCAGUGGCAAAUAAUAUAA